AUGAAUUUAUCCGUUAAUUCCCUCUCUGGCUAUCUUCCUCCUGAGAUUGGAAAGUUGGUGAACCUGGUGAUUUUGGAUCUAUCCAAGAAUCAAUUAUCAGCAACUACUCCAGAAACGGUAUCCAAUCUGAAGAUGUUAGAGCAAUUGGACUUGUCAAACAAUGCAUUCCAAGAUAACAGUCCUGCCAGUAUUGGCGACUUAGGUAGCCUGAAAUCCUUAGAUCUUUCAUCUAACAAUUUAUCUGGCAUCAUACCCAAGUCUAUGGAGAAGCUUCGGUAUCUCAACUUCUUGAAUCUAUCUUUCAAUAUGUUAAGUGGCCUGGUUCCUGUUAAAGUUGGAGCUUAUGCAAACUUCAUAUUCCAAUCUUUCAUGGGAAAUCUUGAUUUAUGUGGCAAUUAUUCAAAAGUAAAGCUCCCACCUUGCCCAGUCACAACUCCUUCAAAAUCAAAAAAGGCACUGGCAUGGCUUAAAUAUGUUCUUCGUUCAAUUGCUGCAUUGAUACUUAUGGCUUUGCUACUAAUUUUGUAUAUCAGAUACUGGAGGAAAAGCAACAAGUUGCCAGUCUCUUUAAUUGAUUUAUCUAUAAAGUUGGGUCACAAAUAUAUCUCAUACUAUGAUAUACUCAAUGCAACUAAUAAUUUUGGUGAAGCAAACUUGUGGGGAAGUGGAAGCUUUCGUUCCGUAUACAAAGGAAUCAUGUCAGAUAGUGAGAUUGUAGCUGUCAAGUUCUUCAAUUUAGAAGUUGAAGGACCAGUAACAUCUUUUGACACAAAAUGUCAAGUCCUAAAGAACGUGAGACACAGAAACCUUGUGAAGAUUAUAACUUGUUGCUCCAACCUUGACUUUAGAGCUUUGGUUCUACAAUACAUUCCCAAUGGUAGCCUUGAAAAUUGGUUGUACAAUCAGGGGCAAAACUGUUUGGAUAUUGUUCAGCGGAUGGAUAUAAUGAUUGAUGUGGCAUUGGGAAUGGAGUAUCUUCACCAUGGAUAUACAGAGCCCAUUGUUCAUUGCGAAUUGAAGCCCGGCAAUGUUCUUUUGGAUGAAGACAUGGUUGCACAUGUUGCUGACUUUGGCAUUGCAAAAAUUCUGGGAAAAUACAAAUCUAAGACCCAAACGGCAACUCUUGGCUCAAUGGGUUACAUUGCACCUGUUCAAUUCGAAUGUUCAUCCAACAGAAUUCGGAUUACAAGGAAGAGUAUCUUGAAGGGUGACAUUUAUAGCUAUGGUAUUUUGUUGAUGGAAACAUUUACAAGAAAAUGUCCGAGAGAUAAAAUGUUUGUUGAAGGAUUGAAUUUGCGGAAAUGGAUCAUUUCCUCUUAUCCUGAUCGAGUUAUGGAGAUUAUGGAUAUUGGUCUUUGCACAGGAGCUGAAAAUGCUAUUAUGACAACUAUGGAUUCUUUAACUCAAUGUUUCUCAGCUAUUAUGGAAUUAGCAAUGCAGUGUUCAAGUGAUUUACCAGAAGAGAGGCUUAAUAUGUCUGAUGUUGUGGUUAAACUUAAAAAAGUGAAAUACAAUUUGAUGCAACAUCGAAGAAGGCUUUAA